AUAUGUGCUCUUAAUGGGGGUGAAUGCCACGGUGUCCAUCGUUUUUCUGUUUCAUCUUCUUCAUCUUGCAACAGAAAAUCCAAACCCUAGACACAGAGAGAGAGAGAUUUUUGCGGAAGAGAUUCUUAUACAUAAUUUUUGCUUCGAAUUCGAAAGAAACUCUAUUGGAUUCUGGUCGAGGGAAAAGAGAAUGUGUGUGAGGCAGAGUUGAUGUGUGAUACCUGGUUUCUGUUGUGGAUUUGGUGGAUGGAUUCUGUGGUCUCACAUUGACAUUUCUCUUCGAUCGAAUUGGAGAAAUCUGAAUUCCGAUUCUGUAAAUAUAUCGAAGCCGUGGUCUCCUUUUUGAAUCCGUGAAUGGUUUCGAAUCCAGAUCUCGUCUUCUAUGCCUGCAUUGCCAGAGGAACCGUAAUCCUCGCGGAAUUUACGAGAGAAUCAAAUCUCGAUGACUUAGCUUUCAGAUGCAUCGAGAAAGCCCCUCCUAAUCACUCCACCUUCUCCCACACCGUCCGAAACAGAGCGUACGCCUUUUUGAUUGAAGAAUCCUUCGUUUAUUUCGGAAUCUUCCAUGAAGACCUCUACAAAUCGGAGGUUUCUGGUUUCUUAAACCGUGUAAAGCGUGUUUUCACGGACUUCAUCGAGAGCGAAUUGCUCAAUGGUUUCGACAAUUUCACCCCCUAUUGCUUUCAGGCGCAGUUCGAUUCUAUCUUCCGGCAGAUUCUAGGGUCCAAUCUGAACACGUCGGGGAAUUUAUCGACGUCGUCCGGCGUAUUGAGGCCGAGCGUGGAUUCAAGUAUAAGAAAGCAGAUACCGUUCAUAUCGAAGUUCUCAAAUCCCAGUAACUUGAUGAAGAAGAAGAAGAAGGUGGUUGGAGAUGCUAAUGGCGAAGGAGGAAAGUAUGCAACAACCAUGGAUGAUUCUGCGGAUCCUUAUGAUGACAUGAAUGGUUUAGGAAGUAGAGAUAUCACAUUGCUGAUGCAAAAGAACGGUUCACAUAUUGCCGAGCGUCAGAAAGCAAAGCAAAUAUGGCAGAAACAUGUGUGGGUUGUUUUGUCCAUCGAUUUGUUUGUGUGUCUGGUUUUGUUCGCCAUAUGGCUGUGGGUUUGCAGGGGAUUUCAAUGCAUUGAGAGCUGAACUUCCCUGGGUUUUAAUGGGUUUCAAUCCUUGACUGGCAGAAAUGGCCAUUUGGAUGAGAAUCAUGAGAUAAACACAGAGGGCAGGGUUGUAAACCAAAGACAAGUGCUUCACGGGAAAUUCCUGGUUUUCAGAGAAAGGGAGUUUGAUUGAUUGAUGUAAGCUUCAAGUUUGUAUAUUUUUUACUUUCCUGGUAAUAUUUCUGGGUUUCUUCUUAAUUUAUUUCCUACACAUCAUGUAUGGAUCUCAAAAAGAAAAAAACAAAGCAAUCGACUUCUGUUUAUACCGACUCUAUGGAUGGA